GCCACGCGCAUUGCCCGUUGCCCGCGCAGUCCCUCUCCCUGUGCCUGAAUGGAGCGCUCUGUCCCUCACACUCAGGGUGUGGAAAUGGCGGCGGUCGGCAGUGCCGUGUGUGUGGCGGUUCUGCAGUUCGUGCUGCUGGACGGGGUCGCCUCUUACAGCUUCCCGGCGAAUUAUACGAUUCAGUACUGGGCAGGGAGAAUUGAACAAGAGCUAGAUCGAGUAGUCCGACAGGUCAGUGGGAUUCAACAGCUCAAAGCACUGUAUGAUGAUCAUAAACAUCUAUUUGAUAUCAAAGAGAACAUGGCCUCCACACUAGUGGAAAGAGUGGCGGGUGAUAUCGAGAAGCUCUUAGACAAGAAAGUGGAAGCUCUGGAGAGACUGGCCAAGGCUGCAGAGCAGUUUCAGAAGGAGCACCGUUGGCAAGAUGACAUUAAGGAGCGAGACGUUUUAUACUUUGAUGCAAAAGCAGGAACAUCUGAUGGUGGUGAUAGAGAUGAUGAAAUCUCAGAUGGAGAGCAAAUUAAUCCUCUCCAGUUGGAGUUUGUGGAUGAUCCGAACUUCAAGGUCAAAGUUAAUUAUUCUUACAUGGCAGUGCAGAUCCCAACAGAUAUCUACAAGGGCUCAACUGUUAUCCUUAAUGAGCUCAACUGGACAGCUGCGCUGGAGGAUGUUUUCAAACGUAACCGAGAAGAGGACCCUUCACUGCUGUGGCAGGUCUUUGGUAGUGCCACAGGUGUGACCAGAUAUUACCCAGCAACUCCUUGGGGCCUUCCCAAUAAGAUUGAUCUGUAUGACGUACGACGGAGACCCUGGUAUAUUCAAGGUGCCUCAUCCCCCAAGGACAUGAUGAUUAUAGUGGAUGUGAGUGGUAGUGUCAGUGGCCUUACUCUGAAGCUAAUGAAGACAUCUGUCAUUGAGAUGCUGGACACACUGUCCGAUGAUGACUAUGUUAAUGUUGCAUCGUUCAAUGAUGAAGCCAAACCUGUGGGCUGUUUCAAGCAUUUGGUUCAAGCCAACGUACGGAACAAGAAGGUCCUGAAAGAUGCCGUGCAAGACAUGAAUGCCCAGGGAGUGACAGAUUACAAAUCAGGAUUCAAUUAUGCCUUUGAUCAGCUACUCAACUCCACUACAAACAUUCGAGCAAACUGUAAUAAGAUGAUAAUGAUGUUCACAGACGGAGGAGAGGAUCGAGCCCAGGAUGUCUUUGAAAGACACAAUUGGCCCAAUAAAACAGUCCGUGUCUUUACUUUCUCAGUUGGACAGCAUAACUAUGAUGUCACCCCCCUACAGUGGAUGGCUUGUGCAAAUAAAGGAUAUUAUUUUGAAAUUCCAUCCAUUGGAGCAAUUCGGAUCAAUACUCAGGAGUAUUUAGAUGUUCUUGGUCGUCCUAUGGUGAUGGCAGGAAAGAAAGCCAAAAAAGUUCAAUGGACCAAUGUUUAUCAGGAUGCUUUGAGCCUUGAGUUGGUGAUUACAGGAACAAUGCCAGUUUUCAAUGUCACUGUGGUGAAUGGCCAGCAGAACCAGCUCAUGCUCGGAGUUAUGGGGAUUGAUGUUGCUCUCGAUGACAUCAAGAAACUCACCCCCCGCUACAAUUUAGGUGCCAAUGGGUACUUUUUUGCUAUCGAUCCAAAUGGGUAUGUCUUGUUGCACCCAAACUUACAGCCAAAGAUAAUAAAUUUCCGAGAGCCAGUGACUUUGGAUUUCCUGGAUGCGGAACUGGAGGAUGAAAAUAAAGAACGGAUCCGGAGGAUCAUGAUCGAUGGGAAGAGUGGGACAAGUGACAUCCAAACUCUACUCAAAUCCCUGGAUGAGAGAUAUAUUGAUGAAGUAACUCGGACGUACACGUGGACCCCAGUACAAAGUGCUGAUUACAGCCUGGCCUUGGUGUUGCCACCCUACAGCAGAUAUUAUAUCCAAGCAAAGUUGGAUGACCAAAUCCUUCAAGCUCAGUUCCAAAACAACAACAAGGAUUUUGAAUCCUUGUUACCCAGCUCCUUUGAGACCGUGGGACAUGUAUUCAUAGCUCCCAGGGAAUACUGCAAGGAUCUUGUCAAGUCAGACAACAACACAGAGUUGUUAUUCAAUUUUAUCAGUCUGAUGGAUAAGAACACUCCUGACUACAAGAACUGUGAUUCAGACCUGAUUUAUAACCUGAUCCUGGAUUCAGGGGUCACUGCCAAAUUAGUGGAGAAAGUCUGGAGGAAUCAUGACUUGCACACGCUGGGUCUCCUGGCAGUUUUUGUGGCCACUGAUGGAGGAAUCACAAGAGUUUUUCCAGCUAAGGCAGCAGAAGAGUGGAAUGAAGACCCCGAGCCCUUCAGUGCAAGCUAUUACAGGAGAAGUCUGGAUAACAGCGGUUUCCUUUUCCACGUACCGUAUAGGGAACCAAAUAGUAUGAUUGACAUGGACCUAAUGAACAACAGUAUCAGGAUUCUAGUGAGUGCUGCUGUGGACCUUCGCAUCUACGGAAAAUCCCUGAAACCUGCAGUGGUUGGAGUGAAGCUGGACUAUGAAGCCUGGGUGUCAAAAUUUAAAAUUCUAGCCAGCAACCAGACUAACAGAGACCAGAUGGAGCCACGCAAGUGUAUGCCAUCGUCCAACUGCGAGAUGGACUGUGAUGUGAACAGUGAGGAUCUUUUGUGUGUUUUAAUUGAUGACGGAGGUUUCCUGAUCAUGUCCAACCAGCCUGAACACUGGAGCCAGAUUGGUAUGUUCUUCAGUGAGGUAGACCCCAGCUUGAUGAAUGCACUGUAUAAUGCCUCAUUCUACACAAGAAAAGAAUCAUAUGACUAUCAGUCAGUAUGUGGACCACCAUCUAACACUGACACAGGAGCGGCACCCAGAUCCAUAUUUAUUCCUACAGUUGCCGAUUUCCUGAACUUGGCAUGGUGGAGCUCAGCUGCUGCCUGGUCUUUACUGCAGCAGUUGCUAUACACCCUUACUUUACAGUUCAGCUUCCAAACAGAUGAUACAUUUGCAGAUGGUAUUGAACUGAAGGAGACGAGCUGUGUCACCAAGCAGACACAAUACUACUUUGGCAACAACAGUAGAUCCUACAGCAACUUAAUUGACUGCAGCAACUGCUCCAGGUUUUACCAUGCGCAGAGACUGGCUAACACCAAUCUUCUCUUUGUGGUUGCCGAGAAGCUAACUUGUAGUCAGUGUAACCGAAGCAAACUGAUCCAGUCUGAGGUGCGAUCUGAUGGACCAGAUCAGUGUGAAGAGGUGCUGAAGCCUAGGUAUCGGAAAGCACCUGAAGACUGUUUUGAUUACAAUGCAGCAGAGAAUACCUCAGACUGCGGUGGUGGAGCCAUGUUGACGUUCUCUAUCUCCCUCUUAUUAGCCCUGCAAUUAUUUCUCCUGUCUUGGACUGCUGAUCUGAACCUCUUUCUCCGGGCCAGCAGUCUUUGAUUCGGGACCUUCUGUAACUGGACAUCAGCUGUGCAAUUCUCACAGCUGAGGACUUCCCUUCCCCCGGAAGCCUAAUUCCUCAUUCCAGUCUCACAUCUCCGUGUUGUCGUGUGGUGGAGCUGCAAACUGUGUGUGUGUGUGUGUGGAGCUGGUCUAUUGUGAUCGUUUGGACAACCAGUAUUUUCCUGGCAAGAACUUGUGGGGAAAGCAGGAUUUCUUGGAUCUGCUUUAUGGAAGACCCUUUACAUGACUAAGAAGAUGGGAAAUGCAAGAGGAGCCUAUUGUCCCCAUGUGUAGACCCCAUUGCUUUCCCAGACUUUCACUUUCCACUUAAUAGGAGUCCCAGGCAGUUUCAGUGUUACUGGACAGCAUAACUUCUAUUGGUUCAUUUAGCUUUUAUCUGCUGUUGAAGCGGGUUGCAUUUAUUUAUGCACUACUUAGUUUUCAUUGACAACCACGUCACACGGCAAUUUCCCAAUAGAAGUGGCUGUAACUGUAAUGUAGUUACGUAAGCAGUCAGGAUAGCAUGUAACUCAUUAGCAUCUUGGAGUUGGCAGCUGCCUUCCUUUUUAUACUGCUGCUUCCAUUUUUAUUCAGGACAAUCUCUGUCCUCAGUAAUGAACUACGUACCUCAACUUCUUUUAAACUCAUUUUAAAUGUUCUUUUGUCUGAGCACAGGGGCUGCAACCAGGCAGAGGCCCCUCAGAGGUCCAGGUUCUCCAGCUGUUGUCUGCAUCCCAUUCCCAAACUAGGCUUCAACUGAGGAAUAGAUGUGUAGGUAUAAGUCACAGGUAACAUUACACAGGUCCAAAUGAAACCAGGUCAAUGUUAAAAUUGUUUGGCACGCUUUGUAUAUGUGGGGAAAGUGAGGAGAAAAGCAGAGCUGGGGGAACGUGAUGUUGGUUUUUACCAAUGGUGAAGGAGCUUUGUUCUGCACUGCCGUUUCACUGUGUUCUGCUUAUAGGUGACUGUAAGUGACCUACGAUGAUUUGAGAAUGCGUGUAAAAUGUUAGUUGAAGUUGCUUGAGAGUGUUGUCAAGUUUCUAACAUGAUGUUACUUGGAAUUAAGAGAGUGUGUUGCAUUAUUUGUAAACUGACUGGGUAUUGCCUUCAAACAGACUCAUAAUUUGUGUAUCUGUUCCGUGAGAAAGAUCAGCACUUUGAAAGAAUAAUGUCCAGGAAAUCAUCGAACAAAAGUCAGUAAGUGUAUCAUUUAUUAGACAUAUUAUGUGCUGUGACAUUGUGAAACUAUAGACACUCUAGGAGCCAAUAGUGAGUGAAAUCUCAACACCUGUUAGAUAUCAACCCUCCCUGUGAAUGAGAUUAACACUUUUAGGGAUUUUCAAAUCUCUACGAUCAGCAGAGGACAUUAUUCUUUAGAUAUGUUACUUAUACACAGUUGUUCACUCAUAAAAUAAACUUCACAUCCGAACACUAUUUAUUGUCUGUUACUCUUGCUCUUCUCCCUAGUCCUAUGUUCAUUUAAAUAACUCGAUGAGGAACAUUUUGCCUCUCAAUAACUAUCCUUUACUGUAUUCGGACUGUAUCUGUUGUUAUGUACAGAAUUCACUUUUCAGUGACUAAAGUCUAAAAUACUUAGACUUUUAGAGGGUAUAUAUCUGUGUUUCCAAAAUGUUUAAAUGAACUGCAAAGGUUUUUUUGUUUUAAAAGACAAGGAGUUAAUAGAUGGAUUAUUUUCACACUAGGGCCUGACCCUGCACCGGUUGAAGUCAAACUCAAAUUGCGUGAGUCUGCCUCUCCUGGAGGUAUUAUAUGCUGCUUUGUUCUGAAGUGAACAGGGUUAGGCCUGAGCAGCAGCAGAAACCAACAUUGGGAAGUCAGUGUAUCAAUAAACCUUCAUCAGCAAAUAUCAUGAUAUUUUAUCAGUGAUAAUGGGAACUGCAGAUGCUGGAGAAUCCAAGAUAAGAAAGUGUGGAGCUGGAUGAACACAGCAGGCCAAACAGCAUCCUCUCUGAUGAAGGGUCUAGGCCCAAAAUGUCAGCUUUUGUGCUCCUGAGAUGCUGCUUGGCCUGCUGUGUUCAUCCAGCUCCACACUUAGUAAACAAAGUAAAAUAUCAUGAUAACAAUGUCAAAGGCACUAAUACAAGUUGUUACUGUUUUGUCUUUUUGUUUCAGUUUACUAAAUAACUGUUUCUCAACAAAAUGCCUUGAUUUACAUCUCUAUAGGAAGCAUUCGCAUCUUGACUAUCGCUGAAAAGAUUUAAAAAAUUACAGAGGGACCUUGUUCAGAUGGGGAAGUGGACUGAGGAUUAGCAAAUGCAAUUCAAUACAAAUUAGUGCGAGGUGUUGCAUUUUGGAAAGUCAAACCAAGGUAGGACUUACACAGUAAAUGGUAAGGUCCUGAGGAGUGUUGUGGAACAGAGGGACCUAGGAGUACAAGUACAUAGUUCGUUGAACGCAGUGUUACAGGUGGACAGGGUGGUGAAGAAGACAUUUAGCAUGCUGGCCUACAUCGGUCAAGGCAAUGAGUACAGGAGUUGGGUUGGUAUGUUACAGUUGUAUAAGUCAUUGGUGAGGCUGCACUUGGUGUAUUAUGUACAGUUUUGAUCAAUCUUUUAUAGGAAAGACAUAGUUAAACUGGAAGGUGUGUAAAGAAUAUUUACGAGGAUGUUGCCAGGACUAGUAGGCCUGAGUUAUAGGGAGAGAUUGGCCAGGAUAGGACUUUAUUCCUUGGAACAUAGGAGAAUGAUGGAUGACUUAUUGAAGUGUAUAAAAUAGUGAGGGGUUUUGAUAGGAUGAAUGCAUAGUCUUUUUCCCAGGGAUGGGGAUUUGAAAACUAGGGAGCAUAGGUUUAAGGUGAGAUGAGAAUAAUUUAAGAAGGACCUUGAGGCAACUUCUGCAUGCAGAGAGAGGUGCAUAUGUGGAAUGGGCGGUCAGAGAAAGUGAUUGAGGCAGAUACAAUAGCAACACUUAAAAAUCAUUUUGAUAGGUACAUAGAUGGGAAGGUUUUAGAGGGAUAUAGACUGAAUGUGGGCAAUUGGAACUCGAUGAGUGGUUGUCAUGGUUGGCAUGAACGAGUUUAGGCCAAAGGAGCUGUUUCCAUGUUGCGUUACUCUAUGUAGUAUUAGACAAACCAAUAUGCAUAAAGGCAGAUAAAUCGCCUGACUGAUAGCUUGCAUCCUAGGACCCUAGAAGGGGGACACAGUGGCUCUGUGGUUAGCAUUGGUGCCUCAUAGUGCCAGGGACCUUGGUCAAUUCCACCCUCGGGUGACUGUCUGUGUGGAUUUUUCACAUCUUGUAUCUGUGUGGGUUUCCUCCCGCAGUCCAAAGAUGUGCAGGUCAGGGUGAUUGGCCAUGCUACAUUGUCCAUAGUGCCCAGGGAUAUGCAGGCUAGGUGGAUCAGCCAUUGGAAAUGCAAGGUUCCAGGAAUAGGUUAGAGGGAUGGGGCUGGGUGGAAUGCUAUUCAGACGGGCAUUGUGGGCUUGAUGGGCUGAAUAGCUUGUUUCCACAGUAUAGGGAUUCUAUGAUUGUAUUAAGAAGUAGCUGCAGAGAUUGUGGGUGCAUUGGUUGUGUUCUUGAAAAAUCUUGAAUUCCUGAGAACUAUCUGAGGAUUGGAAAACUGCCAGUGUGACACUUCAUUCAAAAAGGGAGGGAAACAAAAUAUAAGCUGAUUAGCCUAACAUCUAUAGAUGGAAAAUUAUUAGAAUCAAUUAAGGAGGUAAAACAGAACAUUUGGAAAAUCAAGCAGAGUUAUCAUGGCUUCAUGAAACAGAAAUCAUGUCUGACUAACUUAUUAGAGUUUUUCCAAGGAAGUCUCAACCAGAGUGGAUACAAGGGAGCCAACAGACUUGUUAUAUUUGGACUUCCAGAAGGUAUUCAACAAGGAAUCUCUCAAAAGGUUAAGUCAUAAAAUAGGAGCUCACAGUGUUGUAAGUAGUAUAUUGGCACGGCUAGUGGGCAAGAAACAGCAUAUGGGGCUAAGUGGAUCUUUUUCAGGUUGGCAACCUGUAACUAGUGAGGUUGCACAGGGAUCACUGCUGGGACUACAACUGUUUACAAUAUAUAUUAAUGACUUGGAGGAAGGAAAUGAAUAUUACCAAAUUUGCAGAUAACCAAAAAUAGGUGGAAGGGCAAGUUGUGAGUGAAAUACACGCAGUUGACAGAGAGAUAUUGGCAAGUUAAGGAACUGGCAAAUGGCAUAUAACUUGGGAAAAAGUGAAAUUGUUCAUUUUAGAAGGGAGAACAGGAGAACAAUAAUAAUUAAAUGGAGAAAAUCUACAAGAUAAAGGGACUUGGGAGUACUUGUGCACAAAACAAACACAGAUGUAGCUGCUAAUCAAGAAGGUUAAUGGAAUGUUGGCUCUUAAUUCAAGGGGAUUGAAAAAUAAGAGUAUGAAAUUUUUAAUGCAGUUGUACACAGCAGGCGUACUGUGGGCAGUUUUGGCAUUGGAGGCAGUUAAGAGAAGAUUCACUAGGAUGACCCCUGGUAUAGAGAAUUGACUCAAGAACAAAGGCAUUCUACUCACUGGAGUAUAGAAGAAUGAGAGGUGAUCUCAUUGAAACAUUCUUAAAGGGCAUGUUGAGAGGGUGUUUCCCUGAAAGGAGAGCCUAGGACCAGAUGACAUACCCUCAGAAUAAAGGGGCACCAUUUUAAGAUUUUAGCUUUGCUCGGUACUCUCUCUGUCUCUCUCUCUCUCUCUUUCUCUCCACCACCCCCCCUUCUCUCACCCAGAGAGGGACUGUCUAUUCUUUCAGGUCUGGCGGUUAGACACACCAUUCUUGUACCAUUCUCACAUUCCGAUCACUUAAUCGGAACUAUCAACGGUCUUUUUUUCACAAGCAGUCCACCUCCUCCCCUCCAUUGCAUAAAUGCUGCCCCCUCUAUAGUUCACUUUGGCUCUGAGGAAGAGUUAUCUAGACUCAAAAAGUUCGCCUAUUUCUCUCCAUGGAUGUAGCCUGAUUCCGCUGUAAUCUCCAGCACUUUUUGCUUUUAGUUCAGAUUCCAGCAUCUAUAGUAAUUUGCUCCUAUAGAUAGAUUAUUGACCAGUUAGGAAAUCAAGAGUUACAGGGGAAAGACAUAAGAGUAGACAUGAGGAAUGUUGGAUUAGCCAUGACCCUAUUGAAUGGAGCAGGCUGAAGAUGCUAUUCCAAUUUCUUACAGUCUUAAAAUGUCUCUUUUCUCAGCAGUGCUCAAGUUCUGUACAUGCACAUCUGGAAUUCAGAAGGACAUUGAUCUUGUUGAAACAUAUAAGGUUCUAACAGGAAUUUGCAGAAUCGUUGCCAAGAGGCAUAGAGUGCCGCAAUGAGAAGAAAUUUUCUUGCUCAGAAAUUUGUAAAUUUUUGCAAUUCCAGUCCUGGGUAUAUUCAAGGGUGAAAUCAUUAAUUUUCGCUUGAAAGGGAUUGAAGGGAUAUUGAGAUCAGGCCAGAAAAUGGACUUGAGAUAAAGAAAUUGAGCAUCAGUUCCUUCAUCAUUGUUAAAUUGGGGAGCAACUUUGAAAGGAAAUAUGUGAUUUUUCUGAGAUUCUUAGCAGUUAGGGUAAGAAUGUAAACUUGUUGAAUGCCAGCUGUGAUCACCAGUGAUACUUAGGUAUUGUAUCACAUGUUGUCCUGCUCCUUUCUGUUCUGAGUCCUGUGCCUAUCCCACAGUAAUUCCACUAGUUUCACCAACCACCUUUUCCAUCCCCAACCUGCAUAAUGCCUCAUGUACUGAGGUCUAAUUCUAUUUGUUUGGUUCUCCAUUGCAACUCCGGUGAGCCUGACGUCAGUGGUAGGGAAGCUACUGGAGAAGAUACUGAGGGAUAGGAUCUAUUCCCAUUUGGAAGAAAAUGGGCUUAUCGGUGAUAGGCAACAUGGUUUUGUACAGGGAAGGUCAUAUCUUACCAACUUAAUAGAAUUCUUUGAGGACAUGACAAAGUUGAUUGAUGAGGGAAAGGCUGUAGAUGUCAUAUACAUGGACUUCAGUAAGGCGUUUGAUAAGGUUCCCCAUGGCAGGCUGAUGGAGAAAGUGAAGUCACAUGGGGUCCAGGGUGUGCUAGCUAGAUGGAUAAAAAACUGGCUGGGCAACAGGAGACAGAGGGUAAUAGUAGAAGGGAAUUUCUCAAAUUGGAGACCUGUAACCAGUGGUGUUCCACAGGGAUCUGUGCAGGGACCACUGUUGUUUGUGAUAUAUGUAAAUGAUCUGGAGGAAGGUGUAGGUGGUCUGAUCAGCAAGUUUGCUGAUGACACUAAGAUUGGUGGAGUAGCUGAUAGUGAAGGGGACUGUCAGAAAUUACAGCAGAAUAUAGAUAGACUGGAGAGUUGGGCAGAUAAAUGGCAGAUGGAGUUCAAUCCGGGCAAAUGCAAGGUGAUGCAUUUUGGAAGAUCAAAUUCAAGGGCGAACUAUACAGAAAAUGGAAAAGUCCUAGGGAAAAUUGAUGAACAGAGAGAUCUGGGUGUUCAGAUCCAUUGUUCCCUGAAGGUGACAACGCAGGUCAAUAGGGUGGUCAAGAAGGCAUAGGGCAUGCUUUCCUUCAUCGGACAGGGUAUUGAGUACAAGAGUUGGCAGGUCAUGUUGCAGUUGUAUGGGACUUUGGUUCAGCCACAUUUGGAAUACUGUGUACAGUUCUGGUCGCCACAUUACCAAAAGGAUGUGGAUGCUUUAGAGAGGGUGCAGAGGAGGUUCACCAGGAUGUUGCCUGGUAUGGAGGGUGCUAGCUAUGAAGAGAGGUUGAAUAGAUUAGGAUUACUUUCAUUAGAAAGACGGAGAUUGAGGGGGGACCUGAUUGAGGUCUACAAAAUCAUGAGGGGUAUAGACAGGAUGGAUAGCAAAAAGCUUUUUCCCAGAGUGGGGGUCUCAAUUACUAGGGGUCAUGAGUUCAAAGUGAGAGGAGGAAAGUUUAAGGGAGAUAUACGUGGAAAGUUCUUUACACAGAGGGUGGUGGGUGCCUGGAACGCGUUGCCAGCGGAGGUGGUAGAGGCAGACACGUUAGCGUCUUUUAAGAUAUAUUUGGACAGGUACAUGGAUGGGCGGGGAGCAAAGGGAUACAGACCGUUAGAAAAUAGAUGACAGGUCAGACAGAGGAUCUUGAUCGGCGCAGGCUUGGAGGGCCGAAGGGCCUGUUCCUGUGCUGUAGGUUUCUUUGGUUCUUUGUUUCCUCAUCACUGUACAUUAGCUUUUGCCUAUUCCCUGUUUCCAUGCAGGUUUGUCAUACUCCAUGCUGCACAAAUUAUUAUGACCCACAUCACAUUCUGUCCCCAGAUUGUUACAUUUCCGAAAAUCUCUACAAUCUUUUCACAAUUUGAAGAAUUUAGGUCAAUUCCCAACUUAGUUAUACAUUUGGAUCAAGGGACUGUGAAAUCUUAUUGGGGGUGGGGGAUUCCUGGACAGGAGACAAAGAGAGAGAACGUUACUACAGACCUGGACAGCUGGAAGAAUAGAACAGAAUUGAAAAGGUUAGUGUAGAAAGGCAAAAUAGAAAAAUGCACAGGGAUAAGAGAACAAAGGUUGGAAAAAGAGUUGAUGGACUGAACUCUACAAGACUGCAACUGUUCCUUGUUGAUUGACACUUAUGUUUUAGUGCCAUCUCCUUCAAGUCAUCUACCUUCAAAAGUCCCAAAUUUGGGAUCAUCAUAAGUAUUAUUAGGAAGUUCAUAAUUUUGUGUUGAGUUAGAUCUUAGUGUUAGGGCUUCGUUGUCCAUUUUCCAUUGCAUGUAAUAUUGGCAAAACCUGUUGGACUUUGAAUAAACAGGAUCUUUGCAAAAUUAUCCAGGAUAUCCCUGCUCUAGUACAGUUGAAUGAAUGCCAACAUUUGUGCUCUGCACUUUUUCUGUCCCUUCUCCUGUUCUUUGGUCACAAUAUUAGGGUGAUGUUGUCAUCUGGAUACUGGACUUAACGUGACUUAGUCAAAAACAAAAUAAACAUGGAUUUAUGAGGGGGGGUGACAUUCAAACAAUAAAUGCAAACAGAAACCAUGUCACGAUGAGCAAAGCUAUUCAAGAUUUGUUUAACACCAGGAUUUGGUAAACAGCAGGUCAAAGCCAAAAAUCUCAACCCAAGCCACAAAGUCUCUGACAUACCCGAUAUGGUGUCCAGGAUCAGGUAAGUAUUUACUUUCCUUUAUUAUUACUAUUUACUUUCCUUUAUUUCACAAUGCCAUUCUUAGAGAUACUGUUCAAGUAUCUUUAGUGUGAAUGAAUUGGGACUAAUGAAGGGUCCAGAUCCAAAAUGUCAACUUUCCUCCUCCUCUGUUGCUGCCUGAUCUGCUGUGUUCCUCUAGCUCCACACUGUAUUGACUCUGAUUUCCAGCAUCUGCAGUUCUUGCUGUCUCCUAGUCAUUGAAAACCAUACUGCCAAGUCUCUUCCAAGGAUGCCCACCUUGAAGAAGUUAUUCUCCUCCCUCUGCAGAGAUCCGUGGGUCUCUCUCCUACUGCAACCCCCCAGUGAUCUCCUCGGUCCUGAAGCUCUUCAACUGUAUCCUGAAACAAACUCUUAACUACAGCCACAGCUCUUUUCUCCACCUGCCCACACAAUCAUCCUGAUAAAGGAUCCUGAACCGAAACAUAGAAUUUCUUGCUCCUCUGAUGCUCCCUGACCUGCUGUGUUCCUCCAGCUCCACACUGUAUUGACUCUCACUUAAAGUAUACUCUUUAUAUAGCAUACAUAGUACAGCAAUAUUCCUAACAGCUCAUAUCCCAUCAGACUUUGUUUUGAUCAAUUGACUACAGACAUUUGAGUAAGUAUGUUCCAUCAAAAGUGGAACAUUGCAUCAGCCCCACAAGCCAAAAGGUUUUUAGGAAAUGUACAAGCCUCUUAGGCAAAAAUAGAAAGCUGAGAAAUCACUCUGACUAACCGAAUAUUCUUAAUGAUAUCAGCACAAGGGAUGGAUAGUAUUUGGCUCAAGAGGGCAAGGUAGGGGCUAGGUAUAGUCAAUGGAGUCCAUUGGAUGGAGUGGGAUUGAUGGAUUAGCAGGUCGCAUACACAAGGUGGGAUUGAUGCAUCAAUGGGUCGCGUACACAUAGUACGUUGACCAUGCACUUGUAAGUGAGGAGUCUAAAAGCAGAAAAUCUGCAGUGGCAAUGUGGUGGUUUCAGUAUCAUCACACCUCAGGCAAGGGGAGAGGUCAACAAGGAGAAUCCUUUUAUGGUAACCUCAACGGGUGUGGGAAUUGAAUCCACACUGUUGGGAUCACUUUGCAUUGCAAACUAGCUAACUGACACCUGAAAAAAAUCAAGGGGGCUAUAUCUGAGACUCUAAAAUGGAUGUGUGAUUGGUAAUGUAGGACUAACUCAUGCCUAUUGUUUCAAGUGCAGGCAGUGCAACAACAUUGCAAUUGUUGCUGCUGUGCUUGAGAAUGCUAGGGAGGCUUGGAGUGGAGAUUGUUUUUAAUCCCUAAAGGGUUUUGAGAGAGUAUACAGGGAAAAACACUGUCUUUGUUAGGGAGUUAAUGACAAAGGAUUAUCAGUUAUCAACUUAAAAUUUUGCACAGUGAACACAAAAAUCAGGAAAAUUCCAUUGCACAGAAUAUUGUCAUAUCAUUGUAAUUCUUUUGUCUAGGACAUGGUUCAGGCCUAGUGAAUUACAUCUUUGAAGCUGAAUGACCUCUUUGAAGCUGAAUGACCUCUUUCUGUGCUGUAAUUCUUAUGAUUCCAUUGAUUGAGCACUAUUCUGGGAGAAAAGUUCAGAACACAGGCCACAGUGACCAUGACUGUGCUGAAAGUAAAUGCCAACACUUGAAAACAAAUCAGACAUUUUGAACAGAACUGAAACUGACAAUCAAUAAGUCGAACAUACAGGACAGGAGAUAAUACAAAGAGGCAGUUAAUGUGAUAGAUGCAUUUCCAGCUUUUUCAGGAAAAAGAAGGUUGGAGCAUAUUUGAAGCUGAAUUUUCAGAAGUGACAGUUGUUUUCAUAUCCUGACCCAUGAAUUGUGCAAUCAACAGCUGGACUAUGUGCUCAAAAGCUGUAAUUUCAAAUGAAACUGUAGUUUAUUUAAAGAAUGUUCUUAUCACUGGGAAUGCACAUCUCAAUGUCAGUGACAGUGGUACACUUCAGUGUCCCUGGAUUUCCAUUCAUUUGCCUGAGUGCAUGCAGUGCCAUUGCUAGAGUUUGAUGAAGAUGAUUCAGUGCUGUGCCACAAUCAGCAUUUGUUGUUAAUCACUUUCCCCAGUCCCUUAAAUUCAAAUCAUUAUUCCUCUGGGAUAAACAACACCCUCAAAUAUCUAUGGGAUCUGAAUGGUAAAUGUCCCCCAGCAGCUCCUCUGUAUUUACUGUUCAUUUGUGCUUUCCUUCCUGUCCUCCAAGUAUUUGCAGCACACAUCCUGGAAAAGUCAUGACAACAAAAUGGUGAAAAUUAGAAACCAUGAUGGUUUCUCCUGAGUUCCUGAUGAUACCGGCUGAUAUUGUUACUGGUUCUCAUAUUGCUCUCUUUCUGUGUGACAUCUUCAGUCAAAACAGCAUCACGCAGUAUAACUAGCAUUUUUGGUGAAGAGUUGUAUCUGUUCAGCCUCCUGUGUGGUGAUCCACUGGAAACUGAUUUUAUUGGACUGUGUUUAGCUGAUGGGAUGUCUGUGGUGAUGUAGUGUGUAGUCAGUGUUCUGUAAAAGCAGCUACUGUCUAAUGAUAUUUGGAGGAAUAUUUGCAUCUCACUGUCUGCAAAACUUCAACUCCACAUGAUUUUGUACAAAAAAUUGUAAAAUAUCGUGUCUGUGAUUAAUUGUAAAAUAUUUUCAAAUUGUUUAUUACAGAUAAUCAGCUAAUAAAUGAUGUUCAUAUUUUC